AUGAAUUACAAGAAAAAACUUUUUCUUCAAGUUUUUGCACAACAGGAAUUGGAAUCUGAACGUGCUGUAUCCGAUAUCCUUAAGAAGACAACUAUGAAAGAAGCUGUUUUCUCAUUAGCUGAAAGUUGGAAUCAGUUGAAUGCUAACCUAAUAAACAAAUCUUGGUUACCCUUGUGGCCUCAAUUAAACGUCGAAAAACAUACAGACGAUGACUUUGAACCCGAAGGUGAGGUUCGCUUAGCUUUUUUCGUUAAUAGAGGCUUUUCUGAGGCUGCAAUUAAUGACUUCUUACUAGGCAAUGAUGACCUAAAUGAAACUGAACCUCUUACUGACGAUGAAAUAAUAAGGCAAGUAACGCAGGAAUGUGACGGCGAAAGUGAAGAAAUAUCGCACGAUGAACCAGUAGCAAGCAUUUCCAAUUCAAGCGCGGUGUCUGCCUUAAAUACAUGCCUUGAAUGGGCUGACCAAGUGGACAUUCCUUUGCCAGAAAAAAUGCUUUUACGUAAAUUGCGCGAUAAAGCUUUUUAUUUGUCAUUAAAUACCUCCCAACAAACUAAAAUAUUGGAUUUCUUUAAAAAAAGUUUAAUAAAUAUAACGUUUAUAGAUGAAUAUAUAUUUUAA